CUCCCGAAGAAUAUGACGUCAAAAUACUGCGACUCAUUUGAAUCGCAGGUUUUAAGGAUUUUUGCAAGGCUUUAUUGUUUGGGUAAGGUAUUGUGUUUAGAUGACAUAUUUUGGGUAAAGUAAAUUAGCUUCAUAAGCCUAUAUUGAGACUUCUGACUUGCCACACCAGACUACUUUUCUACGGUUAAACCACCACAACAAACAAGGAUACUGAAUUGUGCCAUCUUCACACCUAGCUAGCACUACUAGUAGGCAACCAAAACAUCCAGAGAUGGACAGUGAAGUUCAAAGAGAUGGCAGGGUUCUUGACCUUACAGAUGAUGCUUGGAGGGAAGACCGUCUACCUUAUGAAGAUGUCACUAUCCCAUUGAGCGAACUGCCUGAAGCUGAGCAAGAUAAUGGAGGAUCAACAGAGUCUGUGAAAGAACAAGAAAUGAAGUGGUCAGAUUUGGCUCUACAGAGUCUGCACGAGAAUACACCUAACACUGGGACUUAGCUACUCCGUGAAUGGAUACGGUGCCCAAUGUACCUGUGGUUGAACUCAUCUGUAAUUUCCUCUUACAAUGGUCAAAAGAAAGUCAUUGUGGUAUUCUCAUUAAUGUAGAAGGACCCCCCCCCCCCCCCUCUCUCAAACCCACAAUUUGUCUCGCAGUUCAAUAACUGAACCUGGAUUGAAGCAUCCUUGGACUAUUUGUAGAUUUUCUUAUUGGCCCGACAGAAAGUCUGAAAACUGAGUAUAUUCAAUGAAGCAAAAAUAAACAACAUUUCAUAUGUCAACUUUUUUUCCUCUCUAGUCAAAGGCAAUGCAUGUCACAUACAUGCUCAUGUAAUUGGCUCCUUGCCUCUGGCAUCUAAGAGGGAAAUUUCACUGACUAACUACUGUACAUUGUUGAAGUGUUUAACAUGUCAAGACAUCUCAGGGAGCUUUGUGUUAUGAAAAAUACAAUUUGUUUAUGACAAAGGCUCAGGGUCUCAAAGUAGCAUUGAACAUUCAACACUAUAAUUUAACAAAAGAACCCACUGACAGACAUUUUCAUUGUUAUUUCCUGAAUAAUUUUAUUUGUUAUAUCCAACAGCAUAACUCUCCAGUUACUGAGACAAGAGAUGUUUUUACAUUCAAACACAACUAGGUGGUUAUUUAGCCACUUACUGUGCCCCACAACAAAGGAGGGACAUCUGGGAGUAUUCCGUUUAAACAGGUAGGGACCAUAAGGCAAAAUAGAACAGUACCUUCACAAGCCAAUGGGCGUUACAACUGAAAUAUAGUCGAAUGUUUUCAAAUGCAAAUAUGACCUGCAUUUGAAAUUGAAUGAGAUGAAUCCUCUGCCAAUUUGACUGGCUAUUGACUAAUUGCACUGAAAGCAGACAGUUGAUUCCAUAAGUUCAUCCACAUUUUCUUAAAUGGUCCCAAACAUUUGUCCAUUCAAAUUAAAUUAUGGUUUACUUCUCUUGGAACAUAAUAACCAUCUUUUUCACAUACUAUGAAAAUUAGUAUGUAUUCGCUGGAGUGAAUUCAACCUGCUCAAGGGCUGACCAAGCAUUUACAUUUGUGUGAAGUGUUGUACAAUAUAAGUUUUUAUAAUUUUAU